AUGGAGUCGACGCUGCCGUUGCCGUUUGUGGUCAGCGUACCAGCCGGCCUGGACGGCCUGAAGGACGGCCUGACGGCGGCUGAGAUUGGCUGUCUGGGCACGAUCUUUGUCGAGGCCACGGCAGCCAACCUAGAGCAGCUGCAGGGUCUGUUGGCAGAGCGGGGCGCGGAUCUGGUGCCGUUUGUGGACGGCACGGAGCUGGCAUCUGCAGACGAGGCCGUGUCGUUGCUGAACAACGGAGCGCGGCGGGUGUUUGUUGGGCCGGAGCAGCUGGCCGAGCUGACGGGCUACGGAAGCCGGGUGGCGGCAGCAGUGUCCGGUCGAGACGCCGACGUGGUGGCAGCAGCAGCAACGGCAGCAGUAGCAGCCGAGCAGGGACUGCUGGUAACGGAUUUUGACAGCGCGAGUGCAGCAGCUCUGGAGGCAGCGCUGAAGAUUACGACAACGACGACGACGACGACAAAGCCACUGGUGCUGGUGCGGGCGUCGGCAGCAUGGUCAGCAGACGUGGCAGGGUUUGUGGCGCUGGCGGCCAAGGCGGGAGCGACACCGAUCCUGCUGUCGACGGCGCUGACGACGGCCAAAGCGGCGACAGUGCCAGACGGCCCAGACGGCAAGGUGUCGGUGGCCCGACUGCUGGCAGCAGUGUGGCAUUCGGACCGGGCAGACCAGCUGGUGCCGACAGUGGUGACGGACGAGUCGGGAGCGGCGCUGGGACUCGUGUACAGCAGCGAGGCGAGCGUGGCCGAGGCGCUGCGCACGCAGACGGGCGUGUAUCAGAGCCGAAAGCGCGGGCUCUGGCACAAGGGCGCGUCAUCAGGCGAUACGCAGACGCUGCUGCGGGUCGGGCUCGACUGCGACGGCGACGCGCUGCGGUUUGUGGUGCGGCAGCAGGGCCGUGGCUUCUGCCACCUGGACCAGUUCGGCUGCUUCGGCGGCCUCAGCGGCGUCGCCCGGCUGGACCAGACACUGCGGGCGCGCCGUGCGAACGCGCCGGCUGGCUCCUACACGGCCCGGCUCUUUGGCGACGACAAGCUGCUGCGGGCCAAGAUCAUGGAGGAGGCUGAGGAGCUCUGUGAGGCCGCGACCCCUCGCGACGUCGCUUUUGAGGCAGCCGACCUGAUCUACUUUGCCAUGGUCAAGGCUGUGGCUGCGGGCGUCGGCUUGGUGGAUAUUGCGCGCAGCCUGGAUGCCAAGGGACUGAAGAUGCGUCGCUACGAUGCAUCCAAAGUGUCAGCAGCCGAGAUCGAAGAGGUGCUGCGACGGCCGUCGCAAAAGUCGUCGGAGGCGAUCAUGCAGAUCGUGAGGCCGAUCAUCGACGACGUGCGGCAAAACGGCGACAAGGCACUGCUGUCGUACACGCACCGAUUUGAAAAGGCGACCGGGCUGACGUCGCCUGUACUGCGAGCACCCUUCCCGGCCGAGCUGAUGCAACUGUCGGCAGAGACACGCGAGGCGAUCGACGUGUCGUUCCGCAAUAUUGAAAAGUUCCACGCAGCUCAGCGCGAAGACAAACCGCUAGCGGUAGAGACGAUGCCAGGAGUAGUGUGCAGUCGGUUCUCGCGGCCGAUCGAACGGGUCGGGCUGUAUGUUCCGGGCGGCACGGCGGUGCUGCCGAGUACGGCACUGAUGCUGGGCGUGCCAGCGAUGGUGGCGGGCUGUGCCAAGAUCGUGCUGGCAUCGCCGCCGCGAUCAGACGGCACGGUGACGCCAGAGAUUGUGUACGUGGCCCACAAGGUGGGCGCCGAGAGCAUCGUGCUGGCCGGCGGGGCCCAGGCGGUGGCAGCGAUGGCCUACGGCACUGAGAGCGUCAGCAAAGUCGACAAGAUCCUCGGGCCGGGCAACCAGUUUGUCACGGCAGCCAAGAUGCACGUCAGCAACGACACGAACGCGGGCGUGGGCAUCGACAUGCCGGCCGGUCCGUCCGAGGUGUUGGUGGUGGCCGACAGCGAGGCCAAUCCGGCCUUUGUGGCCUCGGACCUACUCUCGCAGGCAGAACACGGCGUCGACAGCCAGGUGGUGCUGUUGGCCGUCGACCUGACCGAGGCCCAGCUGGCGGCCAUCGAGGACGAGCUGGCGCGCCAGGCAGAGGUCCUGCCGCGUGUCGACAUUGUGCGCGGUGCCAUUGCCCACUCGGUCACUGUGCAGGUGGCCAGCGUUGCCGAGGCCAUGCGCGUGAGCAACGCAUAUGCACCCGAGCACCUGAUCCUGCAGGUGCGCAACCCCGAGGCCGUCCUGGACGACGUGCGCAAUGCCGGCAGCGUCUUUGUCGGGCCAUGGACGCCGGAAAGCGUGGGCGACUACUCAGCCGGCGUGAACCACAGUUUGCCUACCUAUGGCUUCGCCAAGCAGUAUUCGGGUGUCAAUCUCGGCUCCUUUGUCAAACACAUCACCAGCUCCAACCUGACGGUCGAGGGCCUGCGCAACGUCGGCUCAGCCGUCAUGCAGCUGGCCAAGGUUGAGGAGCUCGAGGCCCACCGCAGGGCCGUCAGCAUCCGGCUGGCCAGCCUGGACAAGUGA